AUGGAGACCCCAGGAGAGCAGGGCUUGGAAUUGGUUGAUAGUAAUGUUAAACUACAGUUGAUCAAGAGGCAGAAUGAGGAGAGUUUGGUGCUUAAUUUGCUAUUUAGGGCUUGUCCACCAGCUGUCAGUGUACCACAGAAGGGUUUUGUACGGAAGCAAAAUUUAGAUAUAACUGAAUAUUCUGAGCCUGUUGUUUUUGAUCUUGCCGAUCCUCCUGUUUAUGCUGUUGAUCAGCAAGGUGUUGCUUAUGAAGGUCAGAGUAGCAGUUAUAUUGCAGCUGUAGGCCCUGCUGUUUUAACACAAGAGAGCAGGAGUGUUCUAAAUCCCAAGUUAAAAGAAGUUGUGGAAGAAGAACAAGUUGGCUAUGAUGGCAGUUAUGCAUGUUCAUCUGAAGGAUCUGAAGGGCAGUAUGAUAGUGACAUGGGGGAUUUAAGGCCUAACUAUAAUGAGGAAAUGCAUGAUGUUGAAGACAUGGAGAUGGAAGAGGGAAAUAGACAGAGAGAGGAAGAAGUACAAGAGCAACAUGAGGAAGAAACAGAGGAUGAAGAAUCAGAAGAAGAAUUAGAGGAUGAAGAACAAGUGCAUUAUGAGGGUGACACAGAGGUAGAGGAAUUAUUUGAGUUGGAGGAUGAUGACCCUAUUGUUCCAGAAGAGGAGGAAAAAAUAUAUGUGCCAGCAAAGAAGAAGCAGAAGUUGCAAGUAAGGAGGGGACCAACAACAAGGUCACAUUCCAGUGUUUUAGAAGAAGUGCAACCUGAUUGGAAACCAUCAUCAGAUGAAGAAGAUGAUAGUUUAUUGAAGGACAGUGAAGAUGAUGGGUUUGAGCCACUAGCAUUUGUGCUACCUCAAAAAAGGAAGAGUAGGGCAAAGAAGAGGCCAGCUAGAGUAUGGUACAAUGAGGAUUUGGAACAACCACACCAACAACUAAAACUGCAUAUGUGCUUCAAAGAUCAACAUCAAUUCAGAGAUGCUCUGUUGAGCUUGCACAUCACUCAGUGCAGAGACUUCAAGUAUCACAGGAACUCAGAUCAGAGGAUCAUUGUGCAUUGCAAGAAUGAACAUUGUAAGUUCUGCAUUGUGGCAGCUGUUAUAAAAGGGGAAAACACUUUUGUAAUUAAGAAGAUGAGGAUACAACACACCUGCCCUAGUUCUACUGAAACAAGCAGGGUAAGUGCAAAGUGGCUUGCAAAGCAAUAUGAGCCACUAUUCAGAUCUGAUGUCAGUACUAGCAUACAUACACUUAUUGAUGCCUGCAUGGAAAAGUAUGGUGUGGAUGUGCCCAAGGCUAUGGCAUAUAGGGCAAAAAACUUAGCUGUUGAGGCUGUGUUGGGAGAUCAUAGGAAGCAAUACCCAAGGCUGAGAGACUAUGCUCAGACUGUGAUGGAUACAAACCCUGGGAGUAGAGUUAUAGUCACCACUGUAACUCCAAAAGCCACUGAAAAAAUCCCACAUCCAGGACCAAGAUUCCAUGCCAUGUUUUACUGCAUCAAUGGAGCAAGGGAGGGAUUUCUACAGGGCUGUAGACCAUUCAUUGGUAUUGAUGGAUGUUUUAUCAAGCUGACCACUGGUGCACAAAUCCUUGCUGCCACUGGUAGAGAUGGCAAUAACAACAUAUACCCACUGGCAUUUGGCAUUGUUGGACAAGAGGACAAAGCAAACUGGUGCUGGUUUCUACACCAACUGAAGAUUUGUCUUGGAGGAGAAGUUGGACAGUAUGGUCCAUAUACUAUAAUGUCAGACAGACAGAAGGGGCUAUUAUAUGCAGUGAAUAGAGUUUUUCCUAACAGUCAUCAAAGAUUCUGCUUAAGACACAUAUAUGCAAACUUCCAGAAUGCUGGCUUUAGGGGGGAGGACCUUAAGAAGUGCAUGGAUAAUGCCAGUUAUGCAUAUAAUGAACACAAAUUUAAUAAAGCAAUGGAUGAUCUCAAAGCUGAGAGUGUGGAAGCUUGGCAGUGGCUUAGUGCAAUACCCAAGAAAACAUGGGCUAGGCAUGCAUUUGACACAAAUAGCAAGACUGACUUGGUUGUCAACAAUUUGUCAGAGGUGUUUAACAAGUACAUCCUAGAUCAUAGGAAAAAACCAAUAAGAACUAUGUGUGAUGGCAUAAAGGAUAAGCAGAUGGUUAGGUGGCACAGGAAUAGAGAGUGGAAGGGAAGCUAG